AUGAUGGGUUACGAGUCAAAUCAGUACCCGGAGAUGGAACCUCCGGAUAUGUACGGUGACACAUCAAGCAUUCUUCAAAAUUUCGAUUUUGAUAAUCCAACAUUAACUACACAAUUCGAUACACUACCAGAUUUCCUUGAACCGCCUGUCGCUCCAGCUGUCGGUCCACUUAACACUCACCCUUCUCACUUCCAGAACUUUGAUCCGUCUCUUGCAGCACCGGAACCAAUUCACUCGGUCUCUCAAGAGUUCGUAGACCCAAGUCUUCUAAGUAAUACCGGUAUUGUUGCAGUUCCUACCAUCCAGCAAGAACAGUACAGUACGUAUAAUUCUAUGAAUAUCGGUGGCCCUGUUGCCAACCACCAUGAUUUCACAGUCGCAUCCCCAAACUAUCCUAUCAACUACACCCAGUAUCCUCCACAGUUUUCACCGCCUCCUCAACCCUAUCAACCCUAUCAACCUCAAUAUCCGCAGCCACUUGAUUCGUACCCAACUCCUCGCCGAAUCAGCGACGUGAGUAUAUUAAGCUCGGAGUAUGACGACGGCCAAGUAGAGAACGGAAAACGGGAUAUAUAUGCACUGAGAAGGAGCAGAAUACCCUCACCAGUCCUCAUUCCCCAUUCACCUCCCUUGAAGCGCCCCAUGAAGGGGCCCAAUGGAUUAUCGCUAAAAAACGGCCAGAUACCUAGAGUCACAAGGAAGAAAGACUCAAAACCGGAUCCUCGGGAGUGGUAUGGGGCCCCACCACCUCCCCCGGAGAGCUGGGGUCCAAGGGAUAAAAAUGGUCGUCCUCUUUUUAAGUACACGGAAUGCGGAGAGCUUGAGAGGGGCAAAACGUAUUCGGAACGCGAACUACGUAGGUAUCUCUACGGCCCAAAACAAGACGACCUUUUUAUGCAACCGAGACGAUUACAAGGGGUGCCAGAGGUAGAGGAUAAGAUCCGCCAGGGUCUUACGUUGUGGAUUGGUUGGGUCGCUCCUCAGUCCAAUGAUAGAUAUCCCUACGGGACCCAAUCUCAGAAGUGUCGAUUUGCUGACUGUGAAGAUCCUCAGAAUACCAUCAGGACGGGAUUUCCGCGUAUUAUCCUUGAUGAGCGGAUGAAUGAUGACGGUGAGGUUAUCAACCCUUACCAUAAUGCCGGGUAUAUGCAUUUAUAUUGUUUUGAGCAGCAUUUCGAUCUCGUCGACGCCAUGAUUCACCUUGAUAUCCGCCCUGACGAAAGGAACUUCAAGCACGAGGAUAAUAUCUUCAAGCUGACAAGGCAUUUCUCUGAUAUGCGGAGCAUAAUCGACCUGUGGUGGUUCGACGAAUAUCCAAAGUUCGUCGAGGCUAGAUCAAGGGGGAAGAGGCGAGAUCACCGUAACUAUAAGAACUCCCUAAGCUACCGGCUUGUUCUUCAUGCACUUGAAAAUAGCACUGAUGCUCGUCUUAAAUUACGCGAAGAGAGAGGUGGCGCUAAUAUGGCAAAGCACAAAGGAGACAUCGCUAGACAAAAGUUCUUGAAGGAAUGCAGAAAUUUUGGGUUACUAGAUGAUAAUGACGACCCAAUCGCCGGUGCCCAUUUACAGCUACCAGGGCUUAUACUUCAAAAGCGCCAAGCAAAGAAAUUAGCUAGAACAGUCGGACGUAAGGACACUCCAGAACCAGCAGAAGUCCUACCCCCACCGACCCUACCUUCACCGGCAUCAAGUGGUUACCAAAGUGCCACGGACUGUCAACAGGAUGCUGCCCAUUCAUCGCCAUGCAGUACACACUUGUCAAUUAAUUCCUACUCUCCAGCAGCAAGGUCAAGUUCGCCGUAUGCGUAUUUGUCUCCAAAGCCAGUAUCGCCGUCUCUUCCUCCUCCUCACCAUCAACAGCCACCCUCAAGCCCUGUGAUCUCGAGUCCCGUAGGGACCACGGCACGAAAGCGAGACAGGGACGAAGUGUUGAUGGAAGAUCAAAAUAUCGAUUUAUCCUACGAUUCUAUUCAAGAUGACUCAAAUAAAAAACCACGAAUAAAUCCUAGCCCAGCACCACCCUCAACGCCUCAACACGUGUAUACCCCGGUACCAGAUCACACGGGGCAAUAUGACGAGGUCAACAACGGGUUUGGUAAUGUACCAGCGCCAACGGAGGCGAGCCAUUCGCCAACUCCGCCUCCGAGUGAGCCUCUGGGUUUGAAUACGGGUUCCGAUAUUGUUAGAGAGGGCGCGGAAGACAACCACGAUGAAGGCGAAAAAGAUGAAAUUUCCGAUGGCAAUUCUGUCGAGUUUUUGGACAGUAUGGAGUUCAACGAAUCUGAUGAUCUUUUUGGCGGCUCUGCUGACGAAGCCGGACUCGCCGACCUAAUCAGCUCCUGA